UCUCUCUCUCUCUCUUACCUCUCUUUCUCUCUCUACAAUUACAGUAGCUGUGCAUUUAGCUGGUUGUGCUGCUACUCUGUUUUUUGCUGUGUCUUCCGCCUAUAAAAAGACGACUCAUUCCAUUAAACAAUUUCUCUCUUUCUAUCUGUCUAAUACACUUGAUACACAAAAGCAUCUCUCUUUCUCUCUCUAGCUAUAUUUCUGAUAUUUGUUGAGAGAGAAACAAAACCAAGCAAGGAAAAAAGAAGCAAAAAUGUAUGCAGAAACAGGGCUAAUGUUCCCCUACUUCCAGAACUUCUCUCAUGAAAUUCAGCAAUUUGAUGACUUCUACUGCUCUCAGAAGCCAAAUGCUUCUUCGGUCAUACCGAGCACGGUUGUUGAGCCAUCAACAAUAUCGGACUACAAUAUAUGGGAAGAAGGAGAUCUAUUCAAAGCACCCCAACCAGUUAUCGAAGAGCCUUCUUCUUUGAUGGGUAUCGAUCCAAUGACAGCUGCCAUAUCAAUGAUUUCUUGUGGCGAAGACGUGAUUUCCACCCAAUCAUUGACCGUUUCGGACAUUGAGUCAUCCAUCGAGAGCGGUCAGCUCCUCAGCGAGGUCUUCUACGAGUGCAGGAAGGAUCUUUUGGCUAAGGAAGGAAACGAGACGCCACUGUCUGAAGUACUCAAUAUCAACAUCCCUGGUGUUGUUGUAAAGGCGGACGAGAACUUUCCUGGAGAAGGUCCGUUUCAGAAGAGUGUUAGCUUGAGGUCUGUUACAUCAAUGGAGGCUCCACUAAUUAGGCCUAAUUUUCUCGAUUUUCCGGUUAUGGACUUUGGGUCUGUUUACGGUAUGCGAAGAGCUUUCAGCGAAGGAGAUAUAAAGACACUUGAUAAUAAUUGUACAAGCCACUCCCAUUCGCCGUUGGGCCCACUUAAAACAAUUAGCAGCUGCACUACUUCCGAUGUAAGGAGGGAGAAGCUGUCGAGAUACUGGAGUAAGAAAUCGAAGAGGAACUUUGGAAGAAAAAUCAAGUAUGCGUGCAGGAAGGCGUUGGCGGAUAGCCAGCCGAGAAUUCGUGGGAGAUUUGCGAAAACGGAAGAGAUGGAAGUUUCGAAGAAGGAAUGAUUUGGUUACUGUUGUGAGAUAAAGAAUAAGUGUAGGAGUUUAGUUUUUAGACUAUAUAAAUAUUAUUAUUAUUAAUAAUAAUAUUAUUAUUAUUAUUAUGUUUGUGUUAAUUAAUGGGAAAGCUGAGGCAGGAUGUACUGAUGAAUAAGCAUGACCUUAAAGCUUCCGAAGUUAGUUUCUUUUGUAAUAACUGCACCAGUUAUUUCCUUCUUUGUACUACUUUUGUAGAUCUAGUGCUACUCUACUAGAUUUGUACAUAACUGUUUAUUCUGGUAAUUAAAUAAAUCGUUUUGUACUAAUAA